CCGCGCGCGAGAGGCGGCCUCUCGAAUGGCGGACUGCGAGCCGUGGCGCGAUGUAGUCAAGGUUUGCGAUAACUUCGAGUACAUGGAGACCGCGACGGCGGCGACGACCGGCGGGCACGUUUGGCCGGCGGCGCGUCGCCUUCUCGAAUACGUCGAGGCCGCCCGCCCGCCGUGGGCGGCGAGACGCGGCGCGCGGAUACUGGAGCUGGGCGCGGGCACGGGGUGGAUGGGCAUGACCCUCGCCGCCAACCUUCCCAACGCGAGCCGCGUGAGGAGGGCCACCGUGGGAGAGACCGUCCCGUCCACCUCCUCCGCGUUGCUCACGACGGCGUCCAUGACCGCGUCGAACGGCAUUCGAUCCGCGACGAACAGAGCUCGCCUGUUGGCUCCUUUUUUCCGCAUGCCCAAACUGGGCUCCACCUGCAGCUUGCCAACCUCCACGGUGCUCUUCCCCACGGCCACGGCGCUCGUCAUGCGCAGCACGUCGCCGAUCAUGACCCCCGCGGCCGACGCGUUGCUCCCUUCGAUGAUCUCCACCGCGACGCACUCGCCAUCCACGUCCUCCAAGACUAUGCCCAACGGACGCUCAAUCUCGAAUGCGAGUAACGUCGCGUUGGCGCCGAAGACGAUGGACUCGCGGCCGAUGUUACCGCCGCCGAGGUUCAGGCCGUACGUCUCCAUGAAAGUUCCGUCGGGGUUGUCCUCCUUGACGCCGUAG